AUGGCGUCGCUUAGUGAAGACGACGUCUACCGCUCAUCUACGCAGUACCGGUUCUGGUCCUUUGCACCCGAUGCUCUUGCAUCUAUGAGAACCACAACCAAUGCUGCUGCUGCAGAGGGAGUGCGCGCCGCGGUCGCAAGUGCGUACCAGAAGCGAGGCGGCAGUGAAGGUCGACAGACCACUAACGGUUUGGGCAAAGACAGAAAUGGUAUCGCCACUAAUGUAGACUGUCUUGAUGUCGACGAAGAGCAGAAGCUCGUUGGAUUCUAUUGUGUCAAAGCAAUGCAACUAGCCGACUUUUGCGAGUUUCCUACCAAUGUGAAGGCCACAGCUGUCCAGUAUCUCAAACGAUUCUACCUUUCCAAUUCUCCAAUGACAUAUCAUCCGAAGCAAAUCAUGCCCUCGGCUCUAUUCCUCAGCACUAAAACGGAAAACCACUACACAUCACUCCACAGCUUCGUCUCCAAAUUACCCAAGAUAAAACAAGACGAUGUGGUGGCACCAGAGUUCCUACUUACACAAGGCUUGAGAUUCGCUUUUGAUGUCAGACAUCCGCAUAGAGGUCUCGAAGGUGGUUUUAUGGAAUUGAUGGGCCUUGCCCAUGGUCAACGAGGACAGAUCUUAAAGAGUAGGAUGAUGGAAAUGAAACCCAGCAAGCAUUUCACGAAGCCUGCAAAAACUACAGAGAUGCUUGUGCAGCGAAUACAGCACGGUCAUGGAAUCGCUAAGGGGACGCUGAAAAGCUCCGCGCUGUUGACCGACGUAUAUUUUCAAUUCACCCCUUCUCAGAUCUGGCUCUCUGCCUACUUGCUUGCCGACGAACCUCUCAUCAAGCUCUACCUAAGAUCGAAGCUAGCAGAGAAUGAAGAAUUAUAUAAGAAGCUUCUGACCACCCUUCAACGUUGCUGCCGAAUGCUCGAAUCAUCCCCCUCAGCAGAUCCUGGAGCGAAGGAAAUGGAAGACUUGAUGAGAAUUGAUAAGAAACUUUACAAAUGUCGCAACCCGGACAAAAUAGACCUAGUGGGUAUGAAUAAAGCCCAAAAACGGGAGGGUGAUGGGUCCGCUGGGGACGGACUUGAUGAAAAGACGAUCAAAAAGCGGAGGCUUGAAAGAAAACACGCCGAGGAGGAAGCUAAUGAUGUUUUUGGACCUGCCAUCGGCUGA